AUGCAUUUCAACCAUAUUUCAGUCUACUUGGCAGCAAGUUUGAGUUUAACAGAGAUAUGCCUCGCAGCAGCCAUAUCAUCAUCCACAGCACAAUCAGUCAUUUUCAGCCUUAGCAAUACCAUGAACGUCCAGCCGACAGAUGUACCCUCCCCUACAACCACACUACAACAACCACCAGCACCCACCCCCUCAGUUCUCGACACCCUCACUCUAACAGCCUUCCUAAAUCUCAUCAGCUCAAUGUCUCCCGCAGAUCUGACGUCUUCAGACGGAACAAACGAAUUCUUCAUUAAAAUCCGGAACUGUCUUUCCGGCAACCUCCAAGGAAUAUUCGUCUCCAACCUACCUCUGAUAGUCAGUCUUUCCUCACAAUUCGCCUCUGUGACCUCCGCGGUCCCAGCAGUCAUCACGAGUGCCGUCGCGGUAGUGGAAAGUCAAGCUUCAGAAGUCGCUGGCAUCGUAAGUGAGAUUCCGGCGAAAGCAAGUAGUGUUGUAAACGUGGUGGAAAGUAAAGUCACUGCGGAAAUACCAAAGAUUACGUCGGCUGUUGCGGAAAUACCAAAAAUUGUCGUGCCUGUUGUGACGAGUGUACUUGGAAAUGUUGGAGAGAACAUUGGGGAUCUGUUUGGGGGGUUGUUUGGGAAACGAACCCUAUCCGCCGCGAAGAAGUGUUUUGGGAUUGCCCUUGAUUCGACUGUGGUUUUCCAGGUUGCAGACUGCGUGGUUGGACUUACUGUCUCUGGAGCUGUGGCGGAGGUUUCGCAGAUUAGGAGCCUUGUGGAUGAAGUGGGCGGUGUUGGUUUUGCACUGAGCAGCCCGGCCGUACUGAGCGAAGUGGCUAAGCUGGGCCAAAAAGUUGAAAAGUGUCGUGGAAUGGUCAGUGGCGGAUGA